AUGUACGAAUUCCCCACACCUCCCCCGACGCCCGCACCGAAGCCAGCGCCUGUACCAGCACCGGCACCAAAGCCUGCACCAGUGCCAACGCCGAAGCCAGCGCCUGCACCAGCACCGGCACCAAAGCCAGCACCAGUACCAACGCCGAAGCCAGCGCCUGCACCAGCACCGGCACCGAAGCCAGCUCCAGUGCCAACACCAAAGCCAGCACCUGCACCAGCGCCGGCACCGAAUCCAGCUCCAGUGCCAACGCCGAAGCCAGCACCUGCACCGGCACCGAAUCCAGCUCCAGCGCCUGCUCCGAAGCCAGCACCAGAACCAACACCGAAUCCUGCCCCGGGACCCUCCGAUUAAUUGGCCGCCUCCCUGGGAAGCUGAUCCGAGGGCACUCUGCAGGUCAACGCCGCUGGGGAGAGUUGGGUUCUCACCCUCUGCGUAGUUGACGAAAUAGACUUCAGGACUGG